UUCUGCUCAGCUCCUCGUCCGGCUGUGUUGCUGCUGAGUGGUGCUGAGGCUGCCGCGAGCUGCAUCUGUCCAAUCCGUAGGCAGGGCAGCUCAGGACAGGCUCUGUUUACCUGAAGAAUGUAAGGAUGCUGCAGACUGGAUAAUGCCGAUGCCUAGCCCGCCUUCUCAACAUCCCGUCACAGACUUAGAAAGAUGUCCGGAACUGGGGAAUAGUGACUGAUGCGAGAAAAAAUUUCACAAGACUUCCACCAUGAUGCCUUCAGUGACUACCACUCCCCACAGUGAACACCUAUUUGCAAGUCGCAGACCUCAGGAAUUCUGGCAGCCACAGGCAUGUACCUUCACUACAUCUACUACCUGCCAUAUCAGCCACCGAGCAAAUAAUUUCAAAAGACAUCCCAAACAGAGGAAAUUAAUCCGGCCAUCACCUCCUCCACCUCCAAACACCCCCUGUCCUAUAGACUUAAUAGACUUUGUUGACAUCCCCCCACGGAGAUCUUUUUUGCAGUUGCUAUUCAAUGGGUGCAUAUUUUUUGGUAUUGAAUUCAGCUAUGCCAUGGAAACAGCCUAUGUCACACCAGUGCUGUUACAGAUGGGACUUCCAGAUGAGCUCUACAGCAUUGUAUGGUUUAUCAGCCCUAUACUAGGUUUUUUGCUGCAGCCUUGGCUAGGGGCCUGGAGCGAGCAAUGCACAUCGAGGUUUGGCAGGAGAAGGCCGUUUAUCUUGGCAUUAGCAAUUGGUGCUCUGUUUGGCUUGACUCUUUUGUUAAAUGGCAGAGAUUUAGGAAUCUCCCUUUCAGAUACAGCAGAAGAUCACAAGUGGGGCAUUAUCUUCACAGUUUUGGGAGUGAUCUUAAUGGAUUUCAGUGCUGACUCUGCUGAUAACCCAAGCCAUGCCUAUAUGAUGGAUGUCUGCUGUCCAGAGGAUCAGGACAGAGGACUGAACAUUCAUGCUCUAAUAGCAGGCUUAGGAGGAGGAUUUGGCUACAUUAUUGGUGGAAUCAACUGGGAAACAACACAGUUUGGUCGAUCUAUGGGAGGCCAGCUACGAGUGAUCUAUUUUUUCACAGCAAUAACGCUGAGUGUUUCAUUAGCCAUAACUUUAAUGAGUAUCCCAGAGAAACCUCUCAAACCCAUUAGCCAGAAGAAAGUGAUGAAGAGCCCAAGUCUUCCUCUUCCGCCAUCACCGCCUGUCUUUUUUGAGGAAAAUGGAGGUCCAGAUCAAAACAACCACUACUCUACUCAUCUCUAUGCAAGCUGGACUACACCGGUCUCUCCUCAAAGCCCAUUAACCCCAAAAUAUGGGAGCUUCAUUAGCCGGGACAACUCAUUAACUGGGCUUAAUGAGUUUGCAUCAUCAUUUGGGACAUCAAACAUUGACAGUGUACUAAUAGACUGCUACACAGGAGUUGGUGAUAACUAUUUAGGGGUCCGUGCUGGAACUCACAGGCAUCCACUGAGUAUGAGCCUUCCAAGAAUCCCACCUCAGGAUGACAGGGGACUAGGCAAGGGUGGAACCCUCAGAACUCCAAGUUUGGGUGAUGAUGGUUUUGUAGUAGGCUCACUGGAUGCCCCCAAGCCACGUUCAUCAGGAAUUCUCAAGAGACCCCAGUCACUAGCCCUCCCGGAUGCACUCUCAGGAAAUAAUACUGAAACUGGCCGAAGACGGACUGUGACAUUUAGCCAACAGGUUGCCAACAUCUUAUUGAAUGGGGCAAAGUAUGACAGUGAACUGAAUGAAGCUGGAGAGGCAUUGAAGCAUCCGCUAACAAUGAAAAUGCUAUGCUCCAUGAUCUGUCACAUGCCGAAAGCGCUGAGUCAUCUUUGUUUCAACCACUUUCUAGGAUGGCUGUCCUUUGAGGCAAUGUUGCUGUUCUACACAGACUUUAUGGGAGAGGUGGUGUACGGCGGUGACCCCAAAGCUUCCCAUGACUCCGAAGAGUAUCAGAAAUACAAUUCCGGUGUCAGUAUGGGAUGCUGGGGAAUGUGCAUAUAUGCAUUCAGUGCUGCAUUCUACUCAGCCAUGCUGGAAAAACUGGAAGAAUUCCUCAGCAUCCGCACUUUAUACUUUAUUGCCUAUCUAGCCUUUGGACUGGGGACAGGACUAGCCACUCUUUCACAGAAUAUCUACAUAGUCCUUUCACUCUGUGUGAGCUAUGGAAUCCUUUUCUCUUCCCUCUGUACCCUGCCAUAUGCCCUGUUGUGUGAAUACUACCAGUGCAAAGAGUUUACAGGAUCCCAUAUGGCUGGCAAUAAACGGGGGAUGGGUGUGGACAUAUCACUGCUCAGCUGUCAAUAUUUCCUUGCCCAGAUCAUUAUAUCAAUCGCAGUGGGACCCUUGACCUCACUGGUAGGCAGCGCCAGUGGUGCAAUGUAUUUUGCAAGUUUCAUGUCCUUUGUUGGUUGUCUCUACUCCUCCCUUUUUGUGAUUUAUGAACUUCCACAUACACAAGAACAACAAGAAGAGCAGCAGCCUCUCCUCCUCAAUGUUUAAGGAAAGUUUUUUCUUUCUAUAGGACACAAAAGUAAAAUGGAUUGUUUGUGCAAUGGAAUUCUACCAUCUGGUGUUUGAAAUGUAACCUCUGCAGUGAAAAAUAUUGCUUGCUAGGCAUUGCAUCCAGGAGGUGGUAUCCCUAAUUAGUUUGUUUUAGCAUUUGAAAUAAAACAUACUGAAAAUACCUCAAAAAAAUUACCUUCACCAGAAAAUGACUAAACAUAAAAGUCAUAUUUAUAUUUUGUAUAUCAGCAAGCUAAGGUGCCAGUAUGCAUGAAUAACUGUAAUCAUUUGUGGCAUCUUUGAUCAUUUUCAUAACCUUUCCGGUGAAAUAAUUCACUUUUGGUAUCAGAUAAUCACUAUAAACUCUUGUGCCUCAUAAACAAAAAAAGAUGAUUGUGUAUGAAAUAUAUGGUUGGACUAAACAUUUAUGUUCAUUACUAAAGAGUCAGAACAAUUCAAAUUGCUUUGCAGUUCACAACAAAAUAAAAAUGCUCGGCAUUUGUAAGACUUA